GAUGAGACAAAGCUUCAACCGUUUGUUUGUCUUUAAAGUGCUCUGUAUAUUAAAUAGAACACUGAGGAAAAGAUGAUUUCAUAUUGUCCCAUAUGUGGAAAACCUGUAUAUUUUGCUGAAAGAAAACGAUCACUAGGUAAAGAUUACCAUCCACUUUGCUUGAAGUGUUUUAAGUGCAAGCGACAGCUUACUGCAGGCCAGCAUGCAGAGUACGAUGAUAAACCAUAUUGUAACCGAUGCUAUCUUCUGCAUUUUGGACCAAGAGGAGCCCGUGCAACAUCUUCUCGGUCAUCUUUUGGGCCAGGGACAACAUCUUCUACUUCCAAAUCAAUGGAGAACCAAAACAGAGCCAAUGAAACAUGAGUUACCAACCCUGAACAUACUGAUUAAAGGGACGUGAAUCCCAAAUGUUUUAUUUUAUGAUUCAGACAGAGCAUGCAAUUUUAAACAACUUUGCAAUUUACUUCUAUUAUCUAUUUUACUUCCUUCCACUGUAUCCUUUGUUGAAUAUCAUAUCUAGGAUGGCUCAAGAGCAGCACUGCACCACUGUUAGCUAACUGCUGAAUGGUGGCUGCAUGUAUAUGACCUUUGUGAUUGGCUCACCUGAUGUGAUCAUGUGAUACCAAGAUAAUUAAACAAAUUUGAUAAUAGAUAUAAAUUGGAAAGUUGCUCUAUCUGAAUCAUGAAAUAAUAUUUUUGGGUGUCAUGUCCUUUAAGCAAGAACAUUCUGAGUUACUUUUGCAAAAUAUUUUUUUUUUCAAUUAGCUGAAAUUCAAAAUACAUAUACUGUGCCUUUUUAUGUUAAGUCUAGUUUGCUUUUCGUAUAAUUCAUUUCAGAAUGUUU